GCUCUUUUGGACAUCCUUGUCAUCGCCGGCUUUUGUUUUCUUUGGGCUCUGCUUCAUCUUUGAGCUUGUAGCUUUUGCGUGCUUGUUGGUUGACUCUCAUCCUCUCGUCAAAAGAAUGGACCUUGACACGCCUCUUUUCAUUUUCGGCCUGACAACCGGCGUCGCGCUCACGGCUGCCGUCCAGUACUUUAUCUCCGCGUGGACGGGUGCAAAGACUCAACAUUCAAAGGACACCACACCACCACGCGACUCGGUACAUCACCCGGAUGCAUCCCCAAUUACUUCACCAGAUGCGCUCCCAGCCAUCAGACGACAGUCAUGGAACGUCCCGUCGUUUGUGGCAGCAGAAGGAACUCUCCCCCGCCUCGAACGAGAGUUCACAGUCUCCUCGCAUCGUCUGCAAACCAUGGUUCGCCAUCUUGUCAAUGAAAUGAAGAAAGGUCUUGCACAAGAUGGGCAUACCCUCAAAAUGAUUCCUUCCUAUGUCAUCUCCCGCCCUACAGGGUUCGAGACUGGGUCAUUCUUUGCCCUCGAUCUGGGCGGUUCCAAUUUCCGAGUUUGUCUCGUAACUCUUGAAGGACAGGGCCAGACCCGCGUCCGUCAGACCAAACACAUUGUCUCUGAUGAGCUGAAAACCGGUACAGGCGAAGCUCUCUUUGACUUUUUUGCAGAAUGCAUCGGCAAAUUUCUUCAGGAACUUGGCCUCAAUCCAAGCGAACCGCGCAGUCUCGGAUUUACCUUUUCCUUCCCCAUCGAACAACAUGCCAUCAACUCUGGCACCCUCAUGCAAUGGAACAAGGGCUUUUCUGCCACUGGCGUUCUCAAAGCCGACGUCGUAGAACUUCUCAACAAAGCGCUCAAAAAGGCCCAUAUAAACAUCAAAGUUACCGCGCUCGUUAAUGACACCGUCGGGACCCUCAUUUCCCACGCCUACCGCGAUCCCCAAACGUACGUUGGCGUCAUUUUUGGCACAGGGACAAAUGCCGCCUAUGUUGAGCGUAUUGAAGAAAUACCCAAAUGGACGGGUCCCAUCCCGCCCACGAAGGAAAUGGUAAUCAAUACCGAGUGGGGGGCAUACGAUGAGGCCUCCGUUUUACCCAUCACCUCUUUUGAUCGCGACCUCGAUCGAGCGUCCACGAAUCCGCGAAAACAAAUCUUUGAGAAAAUGAUUUCGGGAAUGUAUUUGGGGGAGAUUGUGCGGCAUGUCCUUUUGGACCUCAUUUCUACCGGUGAACUGUUUAAAGGCCGUUCAUCGCAAACAUUGACGACACCCUAUCAAUUCGAAACGGCUUACAUGUCCCGAAUUGAGCGCGACCAUUCUCUGGAAUUAUCGGAUACCAAAGCAGUUUUGGAAGACAUUUUAGGUCUACAGGCGACAACCGUGCAAGACCGUCGUAUCGUCAAGCACGUUUGUGAGCUGGUUGGCAUUCGUGCGGCGAGGUUGAGUGCAGCUGGUGUAGCUGCCAUUGUGACGAAAAUGAAUCGGUUGGAUGCAUGUACUGUUGCUGUUGAUGGAAGCGUCUUUCAGCAUUACCCGCAUUUUGCAAAUAGGAUGAGAGAUGCCCUGAGAGAGUUGUUGGGGAUCAUGGCGGAGAAUAUUGUGUUAGAACAAGCGAGAGAUGGAAGUGGGGAAGGAGCUGCAUUGAUUGCGGCAUUGCAUGGUCAUGAAUAGUCGAGAAUGUUACUGUGCUGGUUAGCUGGUCCCCGUCUUUGUUCUUCUUGGAUCCUAGUGACAAUUUGAUACCUGAAACAGACCAACAUUAUAAUUGUCAACUCGACAUGUGUGGACUUCGACUCCCUUCCAAUGUGCUAUUGUACCCGCUAAACAAACUGUCUAUUCUACAUAGGUCUCAUGCUAGUGAAAUGAGGAGACAAACAAGAAACAAAAGAAACAUGAGAACCCAUACGUUGCUAACGACAUCUCAAAAUAAACUGAUUGUCUGUAUUCGUGACAAUCUGAU